AUGGGAAACGAAGGCUCAUUCGGACUUAGCACACAGACCUGGGGGAGGGACUCCCAUGGUCUGUUUGACUAUGAGUUUAAGAAGUGGAACCUUAAUGAAAUAAAAAUUGAUAAUUCUCACAAUAUCGUUUACAGAGAGUUCGAUCCAGCUAACCCUAUGGUAAGCAAUAUCAAGCUCGCUUCCAAGUAUAAGGAGGUAGAAGAAGUUAAGAAAAAAUUACGAAGUAGUAUUCCCAAUGAUGGCCAAAGACCCACUGUUCAUUUUUCAAUCUUGGGAUUUUUAAUUGUUAAGAACAAAACUUACCAAUUUACAUCAUUAAAUCAAUAUAAUUCAUACUUCAAACAUAAGGAUACUAUUUCUGAAAAAUCAGAAGCAUAUAAUUAUGCUGAUUUCGGAUCACAGAAUAAGCUUAAUGAUAUUGGCUUUGAUUCUUAUUGUAAAGAUAUAUGGAAAAUAGCAAGAGAUCCCAAAUCAAUGCAUUGUAUGAAUUUUAAAAUUAAGGAUAAAUAAGCAAUACAUGGGUGAACAUAUUUGAGAAGGAGACAUAAUAAAAAUAGGAAGAAUCAAAUUUAAAUUAAGAAAAUAUCACACAGGCCAUAGCCAACCAAGCCUUGAAAGGCAACAAACUCUAGAAAUCAAACAAGCCCAAAAACAAAUUGAAAAACAGCAGCUCGCCAGAAAGAGUGUAGGAGCCAGCCAAGCUGAACGCAGACAUGAAGCUGUCAAAGAAGAAGACGAAAUCCCUCCUUGUCGCUUUUGCCUUGUCAACGAAAUGGACGACUCUAACAACCCUCUGAUCAACCCGUGCAAGUGAAAAGGCACCAUGGGUUAUCUUCACAUCGAGUGCAUGAAGUAUUGGCUCAACACCAAGAAAACCACCAAAGAAUACAACAGAGGUGACUUGGUCAUCCACACAUGGAAAAUCGUAUCUUGUGAGCUGUGCAAGCAGCCGUACCCACAUAUUGUCCACUUCAGAGACCAGAGCAUGCCGAUUCUGGAGUAUGAAGAGCCCAAAGAUGAGCCUUUCAUUAUCUUGGAAUCGUACCCUAAAGAAGGAAGCAGAAAUGAAACCCAGAAGUCAAUCUACAUAUGCAAGACUGGCAACAAGCGCACUCUCAAUAUUGGAAGAGCCCAGCAGAAUGAACUCCGCAUCCAUGAUAUUUCGAUUUCAAGGAACCACGCUGAGAUCUCGAUUGUUGACGACACCAAGCUCUACAUCAAAGACGUCAAAAGCAAGUUCGGAACCCUGGUUCUGGUGAAGGCGCCUGAAAUCAUUCCUGAAGACAAAACCACAGUCAGCACCUACCAGAUCGGUCGGACAGUGUUCAUCUUCAACAACCCAGGCAAAGAAGCCAGAAAGUCUAUUGGCAAGGCCCUCUGCGCCAAGUUCGCUUCCAACAAAAACAAACACAGAAACGCUAAAGCCAAGUGAGGCCAAGCCAACAACAAAGAUGCCAAAGACAAAGCAGAGAUCAUUCUGGAGCUCGAAGUCGAGAAGCUGCAGAAAUAACGAGAGCGAGUUCUUUCUUGACGAUGAGUUCUACGACAGACUUGAGAAUGACUUCCAGCAGAAACAGAACCCUCCACCAAUCGAAAACGAUGACAUCCGGCUUGAUGUUGAUGGGCCAUCAGGCAACAGGACUGAUGACCCUGACCAUCAGCGAGAACCACACGAAGCCGACCAGAACCAGCAUGUUGAGCAUAACGAAGGCAGCAGACAUUCCGAAGAAGAUGAAGAAGACGAGGGCAUGAACCCUCUUGCUCAGACUCACGACGGCAAAGCUCUUCGCAAACUCAUGCUGAGAGACCGAGCCGAGAUGGGCCAUCACCAGACAGACGGACUUCAAGAAGGCUCUUCCGACAGAGCACCCGAAGAAGAGAAGCGGAUGUCAAUCUCAAUAUCAAACGACAACCUUGAAAUCACACUAAACCAGAACGCUCCACCAGGGCUUUCCAGAAGAGUCGACAACACUAUAGUAGUUCCGAGAAAAAGUCUUCUCAAUGAAGAAGAGAAAGAAAACAAAGAUCACGCUUGACUAAGCCUUUGAGACCAUGAUAACCAAAGGAGAUUAAUAGAGGAUACUCCAAGAAAUGAUCAGGACCAAAAGCGGCCUAUACUUCGUUCAUCUUCUGAGAAGAGGUUGAGUCACGUUCUCUAGACAGCCUCUUUUCCCUAAAAAACUAAUUUAUAGCUUCACAGUAAUAACUUACUUCA